AUGCUCAAAGUAACAAACUUUCUUGCGGCGCUCAUAACUCAAGCUUUGAGCGAUGAGAGAUUCUCGGGAAUAUGCAUCUCAUAUUGGGACGGUGGGGAUUUAUCUCUUUCGACGGCCGGUAAGUUGGAAGAAAAACAUUUGAGUAUUAGCUUGACUUAUUCUUACCAGAAUUCAUUCAUUUGGGCUCGGGCACCUGGUUUCCUUGGACAAUGGUUCACCAGCAUAUUUGACCACGUCGUUGCUUCAGAUCAUAUCAGACACGCUUAUGCCGAGGCUGAUGGGAAACCGUUUACUAUACCCGGCAUUGGCAAAUAUAAAACAUUCAUCACAAAUGCGCAACAACUUGACGAGGUCGAACGUGCCCCCCAGGACCAGCUUUCAUUCAAUCCGAUUGUGGAACAGCAACUAGCCACACACAUCAUCUUCCACGGCUUCAAGUUUGAUCCAAAAGAUCCACGACACACGAUUCCUGUCCAUAGCUUACGAGUGCUAUUCAAGAAGAACAUUCACUCUGUUAUCCCAUUGCUGAAAAGCGAGGUUAGUCUCGUGUUUGAACAGGAGUUUGAAAAUGCAACAAAUAAUUCUGGAUGGAUAAAAAAACAACCAUUCACACUUUCCCAACAUUUAUUCGAAAGGCUCACCAACGUUGUCAUGGUUGGCAAAGAACUGGCCGAUGACCCAACAUUUUCGAGAAAUGUGACGAGGUUCAUCCGUAACUCACGCUUUGCACAAGAAAUUUUGCGGUGGACUCCAUUUCUAAUUGGCGAAGUUAUUGGUAGAAUUUUGAUGGAGUGGGACGGUGCCAAAGAGAUGAUUUAUGGGAGGAUCAUGGAACUACUUUGGGAGCGCAUAUCAAACGAUGGAAAAACCGAUGAGAAACCUCUCAUCAGCUUUGCGCUCAUGUAUUUGUGUAAAUAUCCCGAAUACCUCAAACCUCUCAAAGAGGAGAUAAUACGUCUGGAACACGAACCGGAAAACGAGGCGAAGUAUGACUCCAUGAUUCUCAUGGACAGUUUUCUCAAGGAAACAUCAAGACUUCAGCCACUACUCUCAUUCACAAUGGCACGAAAAGUUCUAAAACCCUUUACCUUUGCCGAUGGCACCCAUGUGCCCAAAAACAAUUGGAUAUGUGCCCCACAGCACGUUAUGAACCUGGAUGAAGCGAAUUAUUCAUCGCCACAUACAUUUGACCCUUUCAGGUUUGUUCCUAGCCCAGAGGCAUCUGUAGAAGAAGUGCAUGCAUCUAAAUUCACGACGCCAAGCCACAAUUUUCUAUAUUGGAGCGGACCCAAGAGACCUUGCACUGGUAGAUACUUCGUCAGCGUAACGUCCAAAAUGAUACUCGCCGAGUUCAUCACCUCGUACGAAUUCAAGCUCGAGAACCCUAACCUGCCAGAGUGUUUUGCAUGGAACCACAUGUUACUUCCACAUCCUCGAACCAAAAUCCUUUUCCGCAGGAAAUCCUGA